AUGGCGACGAGGGAUCUUUUCGACACGAUCGCCGAUGUAGGCAGCGAUGAGGAGGAAGAUGAGGACUUUGAUGGCGAGGGCGGCGCGGUUCGCCCCAAGAAGACAAAUGGCGCGAAUGGCGUAGAUGACUCCAGCGAGGAGGAGGACGAAGACGACGAUGAGCGGCUACGCGAGGAAGGCGAAGGCUUCAUCGCGGACGAAGACGAGGAAGAAGAGGAGGCGGCGCGCAAGCGGCGGCGCAGGAAGAAGCGAAAGAAUCGCGAGGCCGACGAGGCCCUAGAUGACGAGGACCUGGACUUGAUUGGCGUCGAGGUGGAGCGCCCGGAGGAGACACAGUCGAGGUUCAAACGCCUGAAGCGCGGCCACAAAGAGCGCGCCAAGGCCCGCGGCAUCGACGAUAUCUUUUCCGACGACGAAGCGAAUGAAGACGUCGAUGAGCCGCGGAGACUCGGCGACGAAUUCGACGGCUUUAUCGAGGACGAUCAAUUCGAAGACGAGAUCGAGGACGACCGAGACGUCACACAGCCGGGCAUAAGUCUCAUCACACAAGGACUGCAAGCUGCUGGGCUAGAUGAAGGUGCCGAGGAAGAUUACCGGGCUGCCUUUGGUGAUGGCACCGAUUAUGACUGGGCGCUGGACAUGCAGGAGGCCGAAGAGGAGGAGCAGACGGGCGAAGGGCGCGAGCUCCAACUCAAGGACGUCUUUGAGCCCUCGCAGCUGCAAGAGCGCAUGCUUACGGACGAAGACAACGUCAUCCGCGAGACCGAUGUUCCCGAACGCCUGCAGCUGGCUCGAAAGCCAUUUAAGCAGCUGGAGCUGACACCCGAAGACAUGGAGAUACGUCUGAGCGAGGAGGCAUCGUGGAUCUCCAACAUGCUCUGGCCAAAGAAAGAUCUACCUACCUACUUCCAGCAGCCGUUCCAGAAGGCUGUACGCAAGGUCCUCGAGUUUAUCAACAUCGAGGACUAUGAGGUUCCCUUCAUUUUCAAUCACCGCAAGGAUUACUUGAUCCACGCGCCAAGCGACAACGACGAUUACGAUGAUCCCGACCAGCCGCCGCCCAUGGAUGCUCGUCCAGAGCGCUUACUCAACCAGAGUGAUUUGUGGGAAGUCUUCGAUCUAGAUCUCAAGUUUAGGGCUUUUGCUGAGAAACGGGAUGCUCUCCGACAGAAUUACGAAAAUGUGAGGAGCGUCUAUCCUGACAUCACAGAUACUGAGAUCGAGGAUCUGUCCGCCAAAGCCAUUACGAUUGAAGAGAUUCAAGAGCUCCAGGACUACCUACACUACCGGUAUUCACAAGAGAUGAACGAAGUUCGACAAGAAGGGAAUGGGACGCAGAAGCGCGCCAACAACGCACGGAGUUUCUUCGACAAACUUCGGAGCGGUAAGGCGUACCAGUUCGUUAAGGCUAUCGGCAUCACCCCAGAAGACUUUGCGAAGAAGGCCGACGGGACAAGUAGAGACUCUCAAGUCGUUGAAGACCCUCCUUUCCAGGUCGAGGAACUGGCAGAGCAAAUGGCCGAAGCUCCUGAGACGGGGGUCUCUCUUCUAAGAUCUGCCAAGGUUUUGUUCACUCAGGACUUGCAGAUGAGCUCCAGGCUUCGCAGGUUUUUGCGUGGCAGCUUCUACCAGAACGCUCUAAUUGACUGCGUGCGGACAGAUAAAGGCAUGCGGAAGAUUACAGAUGACCACACCUACUAUGAGUUCAAGUACCUUCGCCGGCAGACUUUCCUUGACCUUCACGGUCGACCGGAUCUUUUCCUCAAGAUGCUCAAGGCUGAGCAAGAAGGUCUUGUACACGUUCAUAUUUCAAUGGGCAACUACAAGGAGUUCAAGGCUCGACUCUACGACAAGAUUGUAUCCGACAACGUCAGCGAAGUAUCUGACUCGUGGAAUGCUCUUCGUAAAGAAUUGCUUGAUAUUGCGUUGGACAAGCUACAAGGCAUCAUCGCAAACGGCGUGAAAGAGUCGCUGCGGGCUCGAUGCGAAGACGAACUGGCCAGCCGAGCAAGGGAAAACUACUACAACAAGCUCGAUCAAGCUCCCUAUAAGCUGAAGAGCGCCGCUAUCGGAUCCGUUCCCAACGUGCUCUGUCUCUCGAGCGGCAAAGGCCAGCGUGGCGAUGCCAUCCUAUGGGCAUACGUUGAGAACGAUGGCCGUGUCUUAGAGCAGGGUAGGCUGGUUGACAUGAGGCUAGGCAAUCAAGAGCGGGGCAUACCGGACGGUCAAGACAUUGCCAAACUUGUCGAUGUGAUACGGCGCCGACGGCCGGAUGUAAUUGGUGUCAGUGGCUUCUCUGUAGAGACGCGAAAGCUCUACAAAGACGUCCAAGAAAUUAUUAGCCAAUAUGGUCUAACGGGCCCCGCCUACGAGGACGAGAAUUCUGGCGUAGAGAGAAGCGACCCGUUGGAGGUCAUCAUGGUCAACGAUGAAGUCGCCCGUCUAUAUCAUGACAGCGGCCGAGCCCGCGCCGAGUUCCCCAAAUACGCCCCCCUUACGAGAUACUGCAUUGCUCUCGGACGGUACUUGCAGAAUCCUCUGGCCGAGUACGCAUCACUCGGGAAAGAUAUCGUAUCGCUACCCUUCGUUCAAAACCAAACUCUGAUACCCCAAGACAAACUCUUGGAGCGACUCGAUACCGCCAUGGUAGAUAUGGUCAACCUCGUAGGAAUAGACUUGCCAGAUACUUAUGACGACAAGUACCUGUCGAAACUGUUGCCGUACGUGUGCGGUCUCGGUCCGCGAAAGGCUGACAGACUAGUCAAAGCCAUCCAGGCAAAUGGCGACGAAAUUCUCUCACGCUAUGACCUCCUCGGUGUGUCCGAGGGUCGUGACUUUAAGGCGGCUAUGGGCCCCAAAGUCUUCCAAAACUGCGCGAGUUUCCUGUAUAUUCCCUACGACUCGACCGAAGAAUCGUCCGAUUACCUCGAUUACACCCGUGUUCACCCCGAAGACUACGAGCUUGCCCGCAAGAUGGUUGCAGAUGCCUUGAACAUGGACGAGGAAGACGUGAAGGCCGAGACUGAUGAAGGUGGCCAGAGCGCCGUCAUUCGGAAGAUGGUUCGAGAAGAUACCACUGAUCUGGUCAAUGAUCUCGCCUUGGAGGAUUACGCUGCCGAGAUUGAAAGGAAUUUCGGCCAGCGGAAGCGCGCAACGUUGGAAACUAUUCGAGCUGAGCUGGAAAACCCCUAUGAAGAGAUCAGGCAAGCCUUCCUCCUGAUGCCCGGCGACGAGCAGUUCACGAUGUUGACUGGUGAGACCAAGGAGUCUCUGUAUGAGGGCAUGGUUGUCCCGGUCACAAUCAGGCGCACAUUCCAGGAUCACAUCGAAGUCAAACUCGAGUGUGGCAUUGAAGGUGGCGUCUCCGAGUCCGAGUUUCCCGAAGGUGUUGGUAGCGGUGGUCAGGAGCCGCGCCACGUAUAUCAAAACCACCAGGUGGUUCGCGCUCGUAUCGUGUACCUCAACCGCAAGGCUCUCACCGCACAACUGUCGCUCCGAGACGAUCUCAUCCGGCAGCCGGAAAAGAAACCUUACGACCGCGCAGCUGGCGAGUGGGACGACGCACAAGAAGCCGCAGAUAAGAAGGCUGCCGAGAAGGAGAAGGAAGUAGCAUCUGGCCGACCAAACCGCGUGGUAAACCAUCCCCUGUUCUUCGCCUUCAACACGAUGCAAGCGGAAGAGUACCUCGGCAGUAAGGAGACGGGCGAUUUGGUUAUUCGUCCGUCAUCGAAAGGUUUCGACCAUCUGGUCGUAACCUGGAAGGUCUCCAAUAACGCCUACCAACACAUUGAUAUCCUCGAGAUGAACAAGGCGAAUCAGUUCUCACUUGGCAAGCAGCUCAAGAUUGGCAAACUGACGUACUCUGAUCUUGAUGAGCUGAUUGUCCUUCACAUUGAGGCCAUGGCACGUAAGGUGACAGAACUCACACGAGACGAGCGCUUCCAGACGGGCACUAAAGAAGAUACUGAGCUCUGGCUCGAAAACUACUGCAGAGCCAAUCCCACGCGUUCCAUGUACGCCUUCUGCAGCAUGCCCCGCUAUCCCGGUCACUUUUGGAUCUGCUUCCAAAUGGGCGCCGAUAAACCCAAGGGCGCGUGGCCCCUCAAAGUCGUCCCCAAUGCGUACGAGCUCCAGAAGAAUCUUUACCCGGACAUGCUCGCGUUGAAGAACGGGUUCAAGAUCCUAAUGCAGACUGGAGCAGGCGGGAGGCCGGCGCAAGGUGCGAUUCCGCGGCGAUAA